CUCCAAAGUUGUGUGACUACGGCAGCUCGUUGUUGUUAGUCUGUUUCAGUGAUACAGUGUGUAGUUCAAUAAUACAAGGAAACGGCUAAACCGUUUUUUGUUUGGGCGAAAAAAGAAGAAUAAUGGUAAGUUUGCAACCCUGUCCGUGACCUGGACUGAGAUAGAGUAAGAGAGAGAAAGAUAGAUAUACCAGUCCCAAAUCCCAAUUGCAUUUUCUGAGUUCUUCCAUGUGUAGUCAAAAACACCUAAAUUGCCAAAAAACCUUUCUUUCUCUUUCUCUUUCUCACUCACUACCAUCUUCCUUCUAAUCCCUUGUUGUUCUGUGUCUGUGUCACUUUCACUCUCUCUUUCAAGUAAAAUGGGGGUUCCUAUCUUAUUUGCAAUCUCCAUUUUUAUCAUUCUACUGCAACUUUCCUCAGUUUCACCAUCCACACCUACAGGAUGCCCCUUGGACUUAAUUGGAACCAACUUUACUCUGGUGGCUUCCAUAUGUUCAAAUCCAACCGCCCGUGGAAAAUGUUGCCGCCACAUCAAUGCAUAUGUCGCACUUUCCGUUGCUCGUUAUGCAAAUGCAACAAGUAACCUCGGGGUCAGUUCAGAUCUUUCUGAAGUCUGUCUCCAAUCGAUGUCACAAACCUUAGAACUCUAUGGAGUGCCUGCAAAUGCAACAACUUUUUGCAGAUUUGGGACCAAAAUUCCUAUAAAUUAUGAGUGCAGGGGUAGAACCAGUGUUGCACAGAUGCUGCAGUCUCCUGGCUUUGGUGAUGUAGCUGAAGGUUGUCAACUUGCACUUUCGGGAGAUCUUGGGUGCAGGAAAUGUAUAAAUGCCAGCCUCAUGUACCUCCGUCAGAGAAUAGUAGCUAUAGACAAUAUUACAUUGAUGACUUGUCGGGAUGCUACUUUUGUCGCUCUUGUCAGUCAAUCUGAUAAUGCUUCUGCUGUUAGAUUUGCCAGCUGUUUCUUUGGGGUUCCAAGGCUUAGAGGCACAGUUUCUGUUGCAUCCUCACCUCAAUUAUCUCCCGAGACACCUCCAAAUUCAGUGCUAGCUGCUAGCCCAAGUCAGCAGUCGUUGGGCAUAUCAGGCAUUUCUCCUCAUGAGAAUCACCACUCUUAUCAACUUACAGCUAUAACAAGUGUUGGGAUUGGUGUCACUGUAAUUUCUUUCAUGCUACUUCUAGUCUUAGUGUUUUUGAUCCGCAAGAAGAAUAAAGAGCUUGAUGAUUCAGGCAGUGGCUUAAAGACAUUUUCAGCUCCUUCUGGUCCAUCUGGACGAAAGAUGCUGGAUGGGCCUUCUUCUAUGUUUCAGGAAUUUGGCUACAAGGAGACAAGGAAGGCAACUAACAACUUCAGUACAGUCAUUGGACAAGGUGGAUUUGGAACGGUGUACAAAGCUGAAUUCAGUGAUGGUUUGAUUGUUGCAGUGAAGCAGAUGAACAAAGUUUCAGAGCAAGCGGAAGACGAGUUUUGUAGAGAGAUCGAGCUUCUUGCUCGAUUACAUCAUCGUCAUCUCGUAUCUCUUAGAGGUUUUUGCAUUCAAAAGCAACAAAGGUUUCUCAUGUAUGAAUAUAUGAAAAACGGAAGCUUGAAGGAUCAUCUUCACACCCCAGACAGACCACCACUUGGCUGGCAGACAAGAAUCCAGAUUGCGAUUGAUGUAGCAAAUGCUCUGGAAUACCUACAUUUCUACUGUAACCCUUCUCUUUGUCACAGAGACAUAAAGUCCAGCAACAUUUUAUUAGAUGAGAAUUUUGUAGCCAAGCUUGCAGAUUUUGGUCUUGUAUAUGCUGCAAAAGACGGUUCUAUUUGCUUUGAGCCAAUAAACACUGAAGUUAGAGGAACUCCAGGUUACAUGGAUCCAGAGUAUGUUGUCACUCGAGAACUUACAGAGAAGAGUGAUGUUUACAGUUACGGUGUGGUGCUACUGGAGUUGGUCACUGGAAGACGAGCUAUACAGGAUAACAGAAAUCUAGUAGAGUGGGCCCAAGUUUUCCUAACUUCAGAAACAAAACUUUCACAGCUUGUGGACCCUACAAUAGGAGAGUUUUUCGACUACGAUCAGCUUCAGACUGUUGUGACAGUGAUUAAAUGGUGUACACAUUCAGAAGCUCGAGGUAGACCUUCAAUAAAGCAAGUACUGAGGCUUCUUUAUGAGAGUUCUGAUCCAUUGCAUAGCGGUUUCAUCCAAGCUAUGCAAGAAGAAGAGUAUGAAGAAACACAAGGGAGAAGACCAAGCAAAGGGAAAGCACAAAAGGCUGACAUUAUAUUUCAUAGUGGGGAAGGGAGAUAUCUUGCAUCUUCAUCCAGUACAAACAGGUCUCACUGUAGUAGAAGCUUUCUACUUGAAAAUGGAUCUCCACAGUCUCCUCAAAAUAUACAGACAAUACAGUCACUUUGAACCAGGAAAUUAGUCUAGUUUGCUUGCUACAUUGCGGAAUUCCAUGUGUAGCCUUCUUGAUGAAAAGAAAAACACAGCGCGCCUGAGAUUCUUUGUAAAGGGUUUGCAAAAUUUUGUGAUUAUUUAUUUUUCUUCAGGUGAAGAGUGUCAGUUUAUUUGUUGUCCUGGAGAUCACCACGUUUUUUGGCACCGGAAAUUGUACUUGUAUUGUAUCAACUUGACUGUCCAAGUUUAUACACUGGAUGUAAUAUUUUCGAAGAAAUGAUCAAUUCUUUUAGUUAGCCUGUA